AUGAACGGUGCAUCUACUUUCGGGUUUCAUUGGAGUUCCUGGGCCCCAAACAAAUGUAACAUAUUUAUGUGGCGCGCGUUUUUGGACCGCCUUCCAACUAAGAUGGCUCUUGUUCGAAGAAACGUUGCCAUUGAUAACCAGUUUUGUGUUUGGUGUGAGGCGUAUGAAGAAACUAUAGAGCAUGUUCUUACUGGUUGUGUUAUGGCUGUGGGGGUGUGGAAUGCGAUUUCUGUUUGGUGCAACAUACCUAGACCGUUUGUUUUUCACGUCAAGGAUUUGGUGGAUUUACAUGAUCAUAGUGGAGUGGUGGGGGUCAAGAAAAUGAUCCUUCAUGGCAUCAUUAUCAUUGCUUGCUGGAGAUUGUGGCGAGCCAGGAAUGAUAAGGUCUUUAAUAGUAAGGUGUCUAAUGUGGUGGAUAUGGUUGCGGAUAUCAAGACUUUGGGGUUUUAUGGUACGAACAUAUGUUUAAGGGUGGGGUAG